GUAUGUAGUUAGCAGCCACCUGUUGAGUUCAGACGCUUGCCAUCGUCCCUUUCCGCAUUACUCACUUCUCUUUUCCUACACUAACUUAACUUCUUCUGCUACAUUUCCUUUAUACCUUCUUUUUUGUUCUUCAUUAUAAUAAUAUUAUAAUAUAUUUUUUUACAGUUUUCUUCUUCAGCCCUUCUUCAGCCCUUCUUCAAUCCAAUUCACCAUUUCAUCAAAAUCCAAAAACCCUAUUCAGUUAUUCCCUUUGGAAUCGAUUUCAACACUUUAUACCUCUCAGUGAUGAGUUUGCCUCCUUUUUAAUGGCUUACACUCUUCACAAACCUCUUUCACAUCUAACCACCUUUUCAAUACUCUUAUACUUCACUUUAUCUUUCGCUUCUCAGAAUUCGCACCAUGGAUUCUCGAUCCUCGAUUCCGAUUUCGACGCGCUAUUUGGCGACUACACGCCUCCGGCGCCGCCUCCGGCGCCGCCUCCGCCGCCGCCACUGCCUCAUCCGCCCUCGCUCACGUGCCAGGAGGGUCUCAAUGGGACGGGCUCGCUCGCCACCACAUGCGAUCUCAAUUCGAGUCUGCUUUUCGACGGCGACGUGUACAUAGAAGGGAACGGGAGUUUGAACAUACUUCCCGGCGUGAAUUUGAGUUGCCCCGUGUUGGGGUGCGCGAUUUUGAUUAACGUGAGUGGCGAAUUUAGUUUGCAGAGUGGUGCUGUUAUGGUUGCAGGGACGGUGAUGGUGGUUUCGCGGAACGCGAGUUUGUUCAGCGGUUCGUUGAUAAACGUGACUGGACUGGCCGGGGCGCCGCCGGCGCAGACGAGCGGGACGCCGUCGGGGACGCAGGGGGCGGGAGGAGGGCACGGCGGGAGAGGCGCCACCUGUGUUUCGGAUAAUACGAAGCUUCCCGAUGAUGUUUGGGGUGGGGAUGCGUACUCGUGGUCGUCGCUGGAUAAGCCGUGGAGUUAUGGGAGUAAGGGUGGGACGACUAGUAAGGAGGAGAAGUAUGGAGGGGAAGGAGGGGGGAGAAUUAAGCUUAUUGCUGUUGAUUCCAUUGAUGUGUCUGGGGAUCUCUUGGCAAAUGGAGGAGAUGGUGGGAUCAAAGGUGGAGGAGGUUCUGGUGGCAGCAUUUUUAUUAAAGCUCAUAGAAUGACUGGAACUGGCACAAUCAGUGCCACUGGAGGUGGUGGGUUUGCUGGGGGUGGAGGAGGACGAAUUUCAAUUAAUGUCUUCAGCAGACAUGACAAUACAAAAUUCUUCAUUCAUGGAGGUAUUAGUCUUGGAUGUUCCGACAAUGCAGGUGCUGCUGGGACAUAUUAUGAUGCUGUUCCUCGGAGUCUCACCAUUUGCAAUUAUAACUUUUCUACUCAAACUGAUACUCUUCUGUUAGAGUUUCCUAAAGUACCUCUUUGGACAAAUGUUUAUGUCCAGAAUCAGGCAAAAGCAUUAUUUCCUUUAUAUUGGAGUCGUGUUCAGGUUGGUGGACUCAUUCGUUUGACUUAUGGUGCUGUUUUAAGCUUUGGGCUUGCUCAUUAUGGUUCAUCAGAGUUUGAGUUAAUGGCAGAAGAGCUUCUGAUGAGUGACUCUGUAGUCAAGAUAUAUGGAGCUCUUCGUAUGUCUGUCAAGAUUCAUCUGAUGUUGAAUUCCAAGAUGUAUAUAGAUGCCAAUGGUGAUCCAAUUGUUGCAACAUCCUUACUUGAAGCUAGCAACUUGGUAGUUCUGAAGGAGUCAUCUGUUAUUCAUUCUAGUGCAAAUUUGGGAGUUCAUGGGCAAGGAUAUUUGAACUUGUCUGGGGCUGGAAACUUGAUUGAAGCGCAACAUCUGGUUUUGUCAUUGUUUUAUAGUAUAAAUGUUGGACCUGGAUCUGUUUUAAGAGGACCUUUAGAGGCUUCUGGUGAUAACAUGACUCCACAACUCUACUGUGAAGUUGAAAAUUGUCCUCUGGAAUUGCUACAUCCACCUGAAGAUUGCAAUGUUAAUUCCUCACUUGCUUUCACACUUCAGAUAUGUCGUGUUGAAGAUGUUUUUGUUGAAGGCAUCAUAACAGGUUCCGUUGUGCACUUUCACUGGGUUAGAAAUGUAGAUGUUUCUUAUUCAGGAAAAAUCAGUGUAUCUGGGCUAGGCUGUACUGGUGGAUUAGGUAGGGGAAGGUAUAUUGAAAAUGGAAUUGGUGGUGGAGGUGGACAUGGAGGAUACGGUGGGGAUGGAUAUUACAAUGGAAAUUUCAUUGAAGGUGGCUCCACAUAUGGGGAUGUUGAUUUGCCAUGUGAGCUUGGCAGUGGCAGUGGAAAUAGUAGCUUAGCUGGGGCAACUGCGGGUGGUGGCAUCAUUGUGAUGGGUUCUCUGGAGCACUUAUUGUCAAGUUUGACUUUGAAUGGAGCUCUUAGAGCUGAUGGAGAGAGCUUUGGAGAUGACACAAGAGGGAAGGAUGGGGGGGCUACUUCAAGCAUUGGUCCUGGUGGUGGUUCUGGUGGAACUGUUCUUUUAUUUGUUCAGACUUUGGUACUUGGUGACUAUUCUAUAAUCUCAGCUGGUGGUGGACAAGGUGGUCCUAGCGGUGGUGGGGGUGGAGGUGGUGGAAGAGUUCACUUUCAUUGGUCUAAUAUUCCAGCUGGAGAUGAAUACAUUCCUUUAGCAAGUGGAAAGGGAAGCAUUAUUACUGGAGGAGGAUUUGGUGGAGGUCAGGGCCUUCCUGGAAAAAAUGGAUCUGUCAGUGGAACUGCUUGUCCCAGAGGGCUUUAUGGUAUCUUUUGUGAGGAAUGCCCUGUUGGUACAUAUAAAAAUGUCACUGGAUCUGACAAGGCUCUUUGUCAUGAUUGUCCAUCUCAUGAGCUUCCGUACCGUGCCAUUUAUAUUCCUGUUCGAGGUGGUGUGGCAGAGACUCCCUGUCCAUAUAAGUGCUUAUCUGAUAGAUAUCACAUGCCAAACUGUUAUACAGCUUUUGAAGAGUUGGUAUACACUUUUGGUGGGCCGUGGCUUUUUGGUCUUCUACUGUUAGGCCUUCUUAUCCUGCUUGCUAUAGUUCUCAGUUUUGCACGAAUGAAAUAUGUGGCUGGGGAUGAUUUACCAGCCGUUACACCUGCUCGAAAUGACACUCGAUUGAAUCACUCUUUUCCUUUUCUGGAAUCACUGAAUGAGAUAAUGGAAACAAACCGAAAUGAGGAAUCUCAGAGUCAUGUGCACCGGUUGUAUUUCCAGGGUCCAAAUACAUUCAGUGAACCGUGGCAUCUACCUCAUUGUCCUCCAGAGCAAGUAAAAGAUAUUGUAUAUGAAGAUGCCUUCAAUAGAUUUGUGGAUGACAUCAAUAGUUUAGCCACUUAUCACUGGUGGGAAGGGUCUAUUUAUAGUAUCCUUUGCAUCAUUGCAUAUCCCCUUGCUUGGUCAUGGCUUCAGAGGUGUCGUCGAAAUAAAUUACAGAAACUUCGAGAAUUUGUUCGAUCAGAAUAUGAUCACGCAUGCUUGCGCUCUUGCCGUUCUCGAGCACUCUAUGAAGGGCUGAAGGUAGCUGCAACAUCUGAUUUGAUGCUGGCAUAUCUGGACUUCUUUCUUGGUGGGGAUGAGAAAAGACCUGAUCUGCCUCCUCGUCUUUGUCAAAGAUUUCCCAUGUCUAUCAUUUUUGGAGGAGAUGGAAGUUACACGAGUCCUUUCUCUCUUCUUAGUGAUAAUAUUCUUACUAGCAUCAUGAGUCAGGCUGUUCCACCAACUAUAUGGUAUCGAUUAGUGGCUGGUCUUAAUGCCCAAUUACGCCUGGUUCGCCGUGGACAUCUAAAAAUAACUUUUGGCCCUGUUAUCAGCUGGCUUGAUAUAUAUGCUAACCCUAAGUUGGUUGCAUAUGGGGUACGUGUUGAUCUUGCAUGGUUUCAGCCUACAGCAUCGGGAUAUUGCCAAUUUGGAAUCGUCGUAUAUGCUAUCGAGAAUGAAAGCAUGUCCUCAUCAUGCGAAGGUUAUGAUGAUUCAAGAAUAACUGAGAAGCAAACAUGUUUACUUUCAAGUCCCAGAAACCCAGUGCAUCGCAUGACAAGCAAUGAACACCUGAUGAUGCCUAGAAGGAUGUCUGGUGGCAUAUUGCAUGCUAAAAGCCUAAGAACACUUAAAGAGAAGAAAACUGUAUACUAUCCGUUUGCUUUUAUUAUUUAUAAUACAAAGCCUUUGGGUCAUCAGGAUCUAGUUGGUCUGGUUAUCUCUAUACUUCUGCUGGGAGAUUUUAUCUUAGUAUUGCUCACCUUACUUCAGAUGUACUCACUUUCGCUGUUGAGCUUCUUCUUAGUUUUAUUUGUCCUCCCUCUUGGUGUCCUAUUUCCAUUUCCAUCUGGAAUCAGUGCUUUGUUUAGUCAGGGACCUAAGCGAUCAGCUGGGCUUGCUCGACUCUAUGCUUUGUGGAAUCUAAUGUCAUUAGUCAACGUUGUAGUUGCUUUCUUUUGUGGAUUUAUACAUUAUACAAUUCAUUCUCAUAACAAGCUUUCUACCUUUCAAUCCUGGAGUUUUAGCAUGGAUGAAAGUGAAUGGUGGAUUCUUCCUUCUGGUCUGGCCCUCUGUAAAAUUAUUCAAGCGCGCCUUGUUGAUUGUCAUGUGGCCAACCAGGAAAUACAAGAUCCCUCAUUGUAUAGUAGUGACACUAACGUAUUCUGGAAUUCUUGAGAGUUUUACUAUUUUGCUUUCUUUUUGUAUUUAUUAAAGUGUAAAGCUUAAAUGGGUGGGAGCAGUCACUAAGUGACACUGUAAAUUUUAUAAACGUUAGGAAAAGAUUCAGUAAAAUGUGUCGUAUGGAAUGGGUUGGUUAUAUUGUCUUUGAUGAUCAGUUACUAUAGCUGUACAAUUGAGAAUAAUUCAAGGCUUCAGCCAUUCUGUAAGGGUUGGCGACUAUGUCAAAAUAUGCAUCUGACAUCUGUGAUCUCAUUUUAGUUA